AUGGCGAGGAAACCGAUUUCCCAACCGGCAGAGUUUCUUCCACUUCAGCCACUCUCUAAAAUCAGCACCAGCAGCCGUUCUUUCUUCCUGUUCCCCUUGAACCCAGCAGGAAGGAAGUGUGGAGCAGUCUCCUCUGAUCUGGUUGAUAUUGGGGAGCCUCCCAGUUCUCCAACCGUAGAACCUCCUCCAACUCAAUACGAACAGGAUAAGAGGGACAGACCUUGGCAAGAAGGUUCCCAACCUGAACCCAGUCACCCAACUCAAUACGAACAGGAGAGAAGGGACAGACCUUGGCAAGAAGGUUCCCAACCUAAACCCAGUCACCUAACUCAAUACGAACAGGAGAGAAUAGACAGACCUUGGCAAGAAGGGUCCCAACCUAAACCCAGUCACCCAACUCAAUACGAACAGGAAAGAAGGGACAGACCUUGGCAAGAAGGGUCCCAACCUAAACCCAGUCACCCUACUCAAUACGAGCAGGAGGGAAGGAACAGACCUUGGCAGGAAGGAUCCCAACCUUAA